CGUUUACAUUUUACUGUACAUGACAUGCAAGGCCUGGGACAGACAGACACACAGACAGACACACAGACAGAGAGACAAAGGUCUCACAUGAUUCACAUUCUGGACUCAAAUCACUGCAGCUCUGUCUUUAGUGCACAGCUUUAUUAGACUGUCGUUAGUGAGAAUGCACAUUGGAGAAAGUCUGCCUCGCACGUACAAUUCCAUCUUUAACACCAACAACCGCCGCCGCCGUGCACGAUGACCACUUUAACGACGACCUUCACGCGCACCAAGGGGUUUCAUAUGCAUCCAUCUGCGAAAUCAGUAAAAAGAGUCCAAAAUAGGCUGCAAAAUGCGCUCCAGCUCCUUGUGCUGAGACGCCUGCAGCACCCAGAAGUGAACAGCAGGCGACCCGGAAGGUUUGAAGUCCGACCGACGGCGAGCAGAAAGAAGCGUCUAAUCCUUUAUAAAAUAUCGCUUCCCUCGCUGCUCUCAGGAUGGCUGAAUCGCGCUUCAACAAUCCCUAUUUUUGGCCUCCGCCUCCUGCCAUGCCGGGCCAGCUGGAUAACCUAGUCUUGAUCAAUAAAAUCAAGGAGCAGCUGAUGGCAGAGAAGAUCCGACCGCAGCACCUGCCCGCCGCCUCCGCGCCCUCCCAACAGCCCCUGCUGGCUCCCCCGAUCCAGGCGGACGGCGGCCAGCACGCCAUGUCCAAAACGCAUCAGAUGCAGGUUCUGCACAGCCACAGUCCGUCUCCGCCCGACAUCGCCCUCCACGCCCGCCCCGCCUCCAGCUCGGUCACAGGUCGUAUUCUGGGGGACGUAAACUUGAAUCUGGACGACAAGGCCGCUAUGAAAGCCAGAGGAUUAUGGGAAGACUGGCAUCUACGUCAACUUAUAGACCAUCCCUCAAGGACGAACCACGUCUCAGGUGUGGCGCUUGCCUCCCGAACAGGCAACCUCAACACUUCAGAGAUUGUCACCCCCACCACACCUUCCCUGAGCAACCACGGCCGGCUGGGCGGAGCCCCCACCCAACACCUCAUCUCAGGCUUAGCCUGCGGCCACGGCAUGGAGCUCGGGAAGAACAACGGCGGUCUCGUGGGACUUCUCGGCCCCCCUCCGAAGGAGGAACGGGGGCGCAAGAGGAUCAAAGCUGAAAACGGGUCGUCUCUUUUGGUGGUGCCCUACCCGAUCCUGGCUUCAGGCAACGACCAGUCCUGCGUCACCAUCACUGGGAAGCCAGCCAAGACCUACAGGUGUAAAGUUUGCCCGCUGACGUUCUUCUCCAAGUCGGACAUGCAGAUCCACUCCAAAACGCACACAGAGGCCAAGGCUCACAAGUGUCCUCACUGCACCAAGUCCUUCGCCAACGCGUCCUACCUGGCCCAGCACCUGCGCAUACACCUGGGCAUCAAGCCCUACCGCUGCUCCUACUGCGAGAAAUGUUUCCGCCAACUGUCCCAUCUGCAGCAACACACCAGAAUCCACACAGGGGAUCGGCCGUACAAAUGCCUCCACCCAGGAUGUGAAAAGGCUUUUACCCAGCUGUCUAAUCUCCAGUCCCACCAAAGGCAGCACAACAAAGACAAGCCCUUCAAAUGUUCCAACUGUUACCGUGCCUAUUCGGACUCUGCCUCGCUGCAGAUCCACCUGUCCGCACACGCCAUCAAAAACGCCAAGGCCUACUGCUGCAGCAUGUGCGGCCGGGCCUACACGUCGGAGACGUACCUCAUAAAACACAUGUCCAAACACACAAUGAUGGAACACGUGGUGUCCCAUCACUCCCCCCAGCACAGGACAGAGUCUCCAGCCAUCCCUAUACGCAUCUCCCUCAUCUGAGCUCCUCGCGCCGUCUCUCGCCCUCCCAUCAGAGACGUUCACCGUGAUAUCUGCGCUCCUCUCACGGACUUAGAACCGAUUAACGGCUUCCAAAGAUGUGCCAGAUUGUACAAGUUUCUUGUGAAGAGGUGCUCUUUUAAUGAGUGUAUCCUCCUUUCCUUUCUUGCUGACCAGAUAGUAUUAUCGGGGACAUCCAAAGAUGACUUCUCAGCACUUUCAGGCCAGGAAAUGACAGGCCUAAAAAUGUCUUUUUCUAUGUGACAACACAGGUGGAAAAAAAAGAGUAUUGCUCCAGGCAGCUACAGUACGUGGAAAAUGUUUUUAUGCUUUUUGUGUGUUAACAAGAUUACUUUAAAAUAUUGUCUUUUUCUAUAUGUUCCAUUACUUUCUUUCCCCAAGUAUUUGCAAAGAAAAAUGUAUUUGCAUCAAAAAGAGUCUUCCGUUAGCCGAGUGGCCAAGUGAGCAUAAAGGAGAAUUCUUAUAUAAUCCUUAUUCAUGUAUAUCUUGCCACUUGUUCAGUCAGUGUUUGCAAUGUUUCACCAAUCACACGGCCAUAACAUUUCAUUACAUUAUUUUUGAUCGCAGCGCCAAUGCAACCAUGACAUGCAUCUGACAAUUAGAAGAAUAGAUAUAUUUUAUUUUACAUUUCUUUUGCAAUGUUAUAAAAAAAGAAGCUCUUAUACCCAGUUUCUUUUGUUCAAAUUGAAUCGGGGCUGAAGGUCUCCUGAAACACAAAAACAUUGUAUAAAGGUUCAAAAGAAUUACACAAACUUGAAACUUGAAUUUGAUGAGAUUAAUGCGAGAGCUUCUGCUUGGAGUAAAUUGAAAAUGUUUUUUGUAAAAGUCAAAAAACCCUAAAAUAAGAUGAUUUAUUCAUGUCAGACUAGUCCCAAUAUUGAUUAUUAUUGUGUUAAUAUAAAAAUGAAUCAGAGCAGUGCUUUUUCAUGGUCCACUUUGAGUGAGCAAAUAAAAUGCAGUGCAAAGACUGAAAUGUUACAGACAGGUAUUACUUUCACAGCAACUUAAAUAAUGAGGUCCCUCUUUUUGGUUUUCAGCCAUAAUGUGCAACUGAAGCCUCACAUUUUUUUAAAUACUCAUUUUCCCAUUGUUUUAUCAAUGAUGAUGUCGACAUCGGUUUAAGCCUUAAUUUGUUACAACCUUCCACAAUGUUGUUAUAUAAUUUUACAUUUGCCUUUAUUUCAUAGCAUGAUAUAUACUGUAAAUAAACUAUAUUGACUGUCAACCUGUUUUUUUUUAAUAAUAAAUGACUAUAGUUACCAGUUAUGGUGAAAAGCG